AUGAAUUCUUCAAAGAUCGCAAACCAGUUUCCCACGGACAAAGCCAUGGCGAGAAUUAUUGUGGGUGAGGAUGCAGCCCGCCAGAUGACCUUGGUCAUCAACUGUAUUCUCACCCAGAUAGUGACCACCGUGGGCUCCUCUUGUAACCUGGUCACAGUUCUGGUUCUCCGUCGUCAUGGCUACCGCGACCCCACCAACCUGCUGCUUCUCUCUCUGGCGAUAUCGGACCUCCUGUUCCUCUUCUGUCUAUGGCUGAGGAAGCUCCAGUGUCCUCUGGCGUACAUCGCUGAAAUGGUGGGCGGAGAGGACAACUUCAUGCUGGCCAAACGUUACGACGCUUACGUCAUGGUGCACGGCGUCUUCACCGUCUACAGAGUCGCCAUGUUUGUGUCCAUGACGCACGUGGUCCUGCUGACGUUUCAGCGUUUUCUUGUCGUCUGCUUUCCUUUACGAGUCUCCCAGUGGCUCACCUUUAAGUCAACGUUGGCUGCAUUGAUCAGCCUAUGGGCUUUAAUAGUUGUUGCAGAUGCAUGCCUCGUCGCUCGUCUCCAUUUUUCUCUCAUCGACAUAAUUCAGAUCAUUCAGGAGUCGGGCUUCGACCCUGUCAGCUAG